UCACUUUCCCGCGGCCUAAAGCAGCGCGGUGACGUCAUCGCCCCCAUGACCCGGAAGUUCUGCUGCUAUUUCUUGACACGUAGUUAGCGGCGUUGGCGGAGUCCUGGGCGAUUAACGGCUGCUUGCAAUGUCAGGGUUUGACAACUUCAACACAGACUUUUAUCAGUCUAGUUACAGCGUGGAUGAUCAGAACCAAGGAGGAUAUGGCUACAGCAACACAGAGGACCCGUACAGCAAACCAUAUGGACAGUAUGACUACUCUCAGCCGAUGGGCUACUCGGCUCCUCCGGGAAUGAUGCAGCCCCAGCAGCCGUACACAGGGCAGAUCUUCCAGCCCACGCCGGCCUUCACGCCAGCCUCCUCGCAGUCCAUGUACAGCAGCAGCUUCGAGGAUGAGCCCCCGUUGCUGGAGGAACUGGGGAUCAAUUUCGACCACAUCUGGCAGAAAACCCUGACUGUGCUGCACCCGCUGAAGGCGGCAGAUGGCAGUAUAAUGAACGAAACAGACCUGGCUGGUCCCAUGGUGUUCUGUUUGGCCUUUGGGGCAACGCUACUCUUGACGGGUAAGAUCCAGUUUGGUUACGUGUACGGUAUCAGUGCCAUCGGGUGCCUCGGUAUGUACUGCCUGCUCAACCUCAUGAGCAUGACGGGCGUCUCGUUCGGCUGCGUGGCUAGUGUUCUCGGCUACUGUCUGCUACCCAUGAUCAUCCUGUCCAGUUUUGGGGUCGUCUUUUCCUUGCAGGGCAUGUUGGGUAUCAUUUUAACAGCGGCCAUCAUUGGUUGGUGCAGUUUUUCGGCCUCUAAGAUCUUCAUCUCCGCUCUGGCCAUGGACGGGCAGCAGCUGCUGGUGGCGUACCCCUGCGCCCUGCUGUACGGAGUCUUCGCCCUCAUCUCUGUUUUUUGAACUCUCAACAUCUUUUAACGGACAAAAUGACCACCGAUACGCAACACGCACUCGCAUCCUUUCAUUUGAGGACUGCUUUCGCAACACCCACCACACCGAGCGUUUCCAGUGUUUAUCAUGUUCAGAGAGAAUGGCAUUCAUUUCUUCUUACCUGUUUUUGCUUACACGAUGCAGUUUAAAACUUCUUCUUGUUCUUCAAUGCAUUCGCCGCAUUCCAUUGUUCUUUCCAAAAAAAAAAUAGCUAUCUAUAGUAAAGCCAGAAAAUGAAGUGCGUUUAUUGAAGAGGAGAAUGCGUAAGCGAUGCAAAGGGUGCACUUCUCCUCCUGCGCGACGUGUUGCUUGUGUUUCAAGCAAGCAUCUCACUCCAGAACGUUCUUUGCAAAGUACUCUAGUAAUUGUUCUUUCUUGGAACCGUUUUUCUGUACAUUCCUGAAUUGCUGUCUGUUCGUUCAUACACUUGGGGGUCAGUAAGAGUGCCUGCAUCUUCACACGCUUCCACGUUAUUUCCAUCGUGUGCCAGGUGAAUUAAACGAUACACAAAAAUCACACUUGUGCAUCUUCUGCAAGCCAGUUUAGAGUAUUAUAGCCAACAAAAAAAAAUGCAUUCGCUCUCAUUUGCUUCCGAACCUGUAUGCGACUGAAAAAGCACGUGAUAGUUAUACAUAUAUCUUUGCAUUGCAUACGAGUUUGGAAUGACGUGAGAAUGAAUAACCGAUGGCAGUCUUCAAAAAGACUUUAAUGCAGACUUUUUUAAUUAAUUUGAUUUCCAAAUGCGUUUUCACCCUGCAGACGUGUCUUCUGUGGCUGAGAUUUGUUUCCACUCCUGAUUUAUUAAGUUUCGCACAUCUAUCUUUUGAAAUGCACGAGGCAGAGCAAAGGUUAAGCUUUAUUUAAAACCGCUCUCAAAGCUCAAGGAGGCAAAUUCGAAUCUUUCCGACCGGUGGACCGUACGUACGGCCUUUUUGUUCAUUUAAGGAGCCACGACUGUCCUCUCAGAUAGAUGGGCAUAUUUAUAUACAGCGUAACUUGUUUUGUAUAUCCAGAAGAGUGCAAAAGUUUAUAUCAAUGCUGUCUUGUGGAGAAUCUGUGACCGACUGGUAGGGUGUUACACUUGUGCUGUUUCACAGACUGUUUUAAUUAAAUAAAAAAUGCAACUUUUCUUUCAAAA